ACCACGAGCGAGAAAACCUACAUAGACAAGAAAGAUUCUGAUAAAUGCUUGGAUUUCCUUACGUUUGAAAAAAUCUCUUCGUUGAGAUUUGUUACAUUUCUAACAUUAAUAGAAAAUGAGAAAAUCCGGGAAAUUUUUAAGAUACUAUAACACAAUAAUCAACACAGAAAUAUAUAACAAAUCUAUAAGAUUUUCUUUCCUUAUAUUUCACCAUCUUUUAUUUUUAAUGAGUAUUUUUUUAUACUUGUUUUAGAUUAUAUUCUCUGAUCUUUGAAUUUAAAUCAGAUAGUAGUUUAUUAUAUUCUCUUGACUCUGGAUUAUAUGUAUAUAUAUAUAUAUAUAUGAGUUUGGAUUUUGUUUAAUGCCAAUAUCAUAAAAAGUGGCCAUGAACAUGUGUAGCAAUAGUGGCAGUACUAAUGCUUGUGGAUGCUGUGGUGGUGGUGGUACUAUUAAUGGUGGCGGUAAUGGUAAUAGUGUUUCCAUAUGGAACUCUGGUAUGAAGAAACAGCAACAACAACAGCAAAAACGUCCGAGAAUUCCGAAAAGAGGACCCGGUGUUGCUGAGCUGGAGAAGAUCUUGAAGGAACAAGAAACAGCUGAUGUAACAACAACGCAGAGAGGGAAUAAUGAAGGGUUUUCGAUGUCGUCGUCGUGUUUUAUACCGCAUCCGCCGCAGCCACAGCCAACGUCGCGGCCGAAUUCGAAUAAUCUGCAUUCUCUUAUAACGUCGUCGCAGAAAUUUGAUCUAGUGUCACCAGGAGUUAGAUCUAUGUAUGCUAACAGUAGUACGGUUCCGUUAGGAAGGAACAAUGGUGUUGGAUCUAUUGAACAUGAACUAUUUCGUCGUCGAAAUCUUAAUGACGUGGCCGACGGAAGCCUGUCCGAAUCUGAAAAUUCUUCAUCUAGUGAAUCUAAUCAUGCUAAUUGUUCUUAUACUGGAAUAGUUUCAAGGAGGAUCAAUGUGGAUCCAUUACCUAAGAUGAAUGAAUUUCAUGGAAAUGGUAGCAAUCAAAAUGGAGUACUGUCGAUUGGAUUACCCAAUUUUUCUGUGGAGUCCCCUUCAGUCCAAAAUUCACAUUACAAUUAUACAUCUAGGUCAAAUGAUGAACAAAUGAUGGCUGGCCGGAUGAAACGUUGUUAUUCUUCGCCGUUGGACAAUUCUCUGAUUCCGCCUUCAAAUUUUCAAGUUCUUCCGAGUUUCUCACGCCACAAUAGACCCCAACAGUCAUCAACAAAUGAAAGUCAUGGAAUUAGUAGCUACAAUCCCACCAACGAGUGUUACAGGGAUGCAAAAUGGGGUAACACUUUGGAGCUCAGUAAUAAGAUUUUCAACUCUGAAAAUGUUGGCUCUAGUCAUACAAAUUUCCCCCCAUUUGUUGUUCCUGAAGUUCAUCCUCCUCGACCUCCAAUGCAGUUUUUUCAAAGUAACCAUUCCAAAGUAACUAGGUUUCCUUGUCAAGUCAAUGAAGAUAAAGUGGAGAAUUUAAAUGAAGAAGAUCGUAAACCUUUCUUUAACUUCUUAGAAGUGAAGGUCCAAGAAGAGGUGACAGAUACAACUGAUGGAUCAAAUAAUGGAGGACUUGAAGGAGGAAGAGGUGGCAUUGAUCUUACAUUGAAGCUCUAAAUUUGAAAUUUUUACAAGAGCAUUCAUAAUAAUUCCCCUCAGAAUCAUGAAAUUCAAGAUGACCAUUUGUGUGUAUUUUCAUUUCAUUUAAUUUCAUUAUUGAGUAUGGGAUUGAGCUUGGGCUAGCCAAGUUUGGGAUCAAAAUGGGUCUUUAAUUUGAGGGAUGAAGCAUAGUUGAGUGAAACGUUUAUAGUGUUUAACCAUUUAUUUGGUUAAAUAAUAGCCCUUGUUCUAAUUAUUUAUUGAAAUGUUGAUUUGAUUUUAC